AUGAUAUUUGCAGACACAGUCAUAUUAUUAAAUUUUUUAAUAAAAAUAGUUGGCAAAGAAAAAUGUUUAAAGGAAAGGAAGGAAAUGUCACCUAUUGAUAAAACAUCAUCAUCACCAUCAUCAAAUAAUUUGAUUGGCCAGCCAUGUGGUCUUACAAAUUUAGGAAAUACUUGUUUCUUUAAUUCUGUUAUGCAAUGUCUUUUAAAUACUCAUGUUAUUAAGGAAUAUACUUUGAAUGUUUCUAAGGCAACAUCUUUAGAAGUACCCAAAAGAGAUGUUUAUAUAAAUGAUAACAAAGUUUCAUUAGAUGAAAUGGUUAUUAAAGUUGAUGCUGAAAAAUGUCGUUUAACAGAAAGUUUUAAAAAAUUUUAUAUUACUUUUACUUCAAUGAAACGUGUCGAUCCAAGAGAUUUGUUUUUUGAAAUUUGUGCAAAGGCUGAUCGUUUUCGUGGAUGGGCUCAACAGGAUGCUCAUGAAUUAUUAAGAUAUUUGAUGGAUGGUUUGAAGACUGAGGAGAUAGAUAGAUUUAAAAAAGCCAUUAUGAGUGAAUUACAAUUUCCGAUAUCGGGAAAAGAGGCAAAACCUGAACAUGCUCAAUAUGCAAGAGCUAUACUAGAAGUUGGUAGAAAACCAAUGAUUGAUCGUGUUUUUGGUGGUAGUUUGGUUCAAACACUGACAUGUUGUAGGUGUAAGUAUGUCUCCUCUAGACUAGAACCUUUUAUGGAUCUUUCUUUACCUCUUGCUUCUAUGACAACAAAUUCACCUUUAAUUAAACCAACAAUAAAUUUUGGAAACAACAAACAUCCUGAGGCUAAAAAAGCAAAAAAAGAUAAUAGAAUGAAAAUUGGUUUAUCAAGGGAGAAUGAUGAUGUUGAUAAUGAUAUUUUGGAUGAUGAUAUUGAUGGUAAGAAGGAUGAAUUUGAAGAAAGUUCUGGUAGUGGUCUUGAGGAGGAAAUUACAAGUGAUGGAGAACAGGAAAUGGAUGAUUAUGAUAAUUAUCAAUCUAAUAACAACUCUAAUUGUUCACAAAAUCAUCUAGAUAGAUAUAGGGAAAGACUUGUUGAAGUUGAUGGUGAUGAUUGUAAUGAGGAGCGUAGUGUAUACAAUUGUCUAAAACAAUUUACUUCAGAGGAAGAUUUAACAGGAUCUAAUUCUUAUGAAUGUGAAAAAUGUUGUCUUGAAUUUAAUAAAAAAAAGCUAAAAGAAAAUCCUAAAGCUAAGAAAAAAAUGGUUGAAGCUAAAAAGAAAUAUCUCAUAUACUCUCCACCUGUAAUACUUACAUUACAUCUUAAAAGAUUUGAACAGGUUCAUAAUUCAGUUUAUGUUAGAACUAGAAAAAUUUCUGGAUAUGUUGAUUUUAACUUUGAAUUAGACUUAGCUCCAUUUGUUGCUAAACAUGGACAACGUAUUGUACCAGGAGAAAAAAGGGUAUUAUACCGUUUAUAUGGUAUUGUUGUUCAUUCCGGUGGUCUUAGUGGUGGACAUUAUAUUGCUUAUGUCAAAACAAGAAGGGAAAUAUCUUACAUUAAAGAAUUCUUUAAUAAUGCAGCAAGUUAUGAUGACUUUAUGAAGCAAGUAACUGAACGAGAUGAAGAUGAAUGCCUCAGAGAUAUACCAAAGAAAUAUAAUGAAAAUCGUGAAGAUUUUAAUAAAGAUGGGAGAUGGUAUUGUUGUAGUGAUUCAUCUGUUCAUGCUGUUGAUGUGGAUCAAGUUAGUAAAUGUGAGGCAUAUAUUCUUUUUUAUGAGCAGUGUGUUGUCGCUAACGGAAAAAAAAAAGAAAAGAUUACAAAGAAGCAUAGAUAA